GGUCUGGGUGAACGGUAUGCGACACGCUGUUUUGUCACCUGACGAUCCUGUCAUUAAUUCGCGGCUACAUCGACGUCCGCGGACAUUCGAGGAGAAGAGUUUUUCCGCGAAACACAAACAAGCCGAAACCAAAUUAGAUUGCUUGAACAGUUGCUUCAUGAAUUUGCACGUUGUAGUAGAGAAGAAUUUUCCGAACAACAAGAUGCCGCCGAGAAUUGUGCGUAGACAAUCGGCUCCACCUUGCGCGAGAAUAUGCAGCGGAAAGACCGGAGACCUCGUGGAAAUUUACGUGAAUGACAUUGACAAGUUAAACGAAGAUUGUCAAACAUUGGAGAAAGAGGAAGCGACAUUUCGCUCAAUGAACGAAACCACUUUUAAUCAUAGCAGCAACAUCGAGCAGUCGAUGUGUUUGCAACGAGAUACGUUCUCCACCAUGACAAAAUACAAACAAGCCGACAGAUCAUCGGAUGCGCAUUCAUGGAAUCCAUUGUCUGAGCGAGUGCUACAAUGGUUGGAUCUUUCUGGAAGAGCUCAAGAUUAUGAGUUGAUGGAAUCGGAAGAGAGUUCGAAGAAAGUGGAAGAACGCGGGAGCACCGUCCGGAGGAGGAGACAAAUCUCGCAGACGCGCGAGAAUUCGAUCUUUGCAGGGAGAGAGCGCAUAGUUGUGCAGAAUUACAAGCUGCAGAAAAAUUGUAAGUCAGAAUGUAUUACAAAGAUAACUGAGACGAAACUCGCGCGAAAGCGAUUAUUUAAGAUAAAAGAUGCGAUGGGAAACAAAAUUCGGAAGGAGGAGAGCACCCAGUUAAAGGAUCUAGUCUCGGAUGUAGAGGAGGACGUUUUGAAAAACGAAGAUGAGUCUCGAAACGAUCUAUCGUCCGCAUGGUCUCCGCCUGGUCGUCUGCAGCUGCACAUUGUAAUGCCGAGUUUUAAUUUCGUUGAGAAACGCGCGUCUUCGUUGGAAUCUCUGAUCUGCGAUUGAAUGAUAGACCAAUUAAACGCACUUUCCUCUAUUUUCGUGUUUCAUUGUUCCAACUGCAAUUGAUAUUCUUUGUGUAUCGUCAUUUUCUCAACAUAUUGUGAGUUUUUAUCUCAGAUAGAAAAGAAACGAAGAGAAUCUUCAUAUUUGCAAUCAAUGAUACUCAAUAAACAGUUUAUUUUCCAAAGUGGCAAAUGAAGUAGUGCAAUUCAUGUGACUUUCGCCAAAUACAUUUUGUGCAUUAUAUUAUUUUUAUCAAUGCAUAAAACAGUAGUCCUGAAUACAUUUUCGAUGAAAGCAGAAGUAAGGUAGCAUUUUCAUGGAAAAUUAAUCCGAAGCUGUGUUGCAACCUCGUUAUUGCGCACCGAGAGAAUUGAAGUCGACGCGGAGACAUCGCCUUGUUUUAUCGCCGGUCGGAGAAACUAAAUUGAACUUAGUUAAUAAUAAAACUCAUGGAAAAGAUCACUUAAAACUUUAAAAUAAUUACACAGCAUGGAGUAUUUAAGUCGUUUCGUGGAACGAAUAUUAUCCGUCACGAAAUGUACAUAUCGUUAAAGUUUGUAGAAAUUGCUGUCACGUACAGAACCAGCCAAGAUAAUUACAUAUAUAUAUUAUGUAUUAAAGAAUUUAUGAAAAAUAAAUUUAGGAUAAAUUACACGUGAUA